AUGGGUAUCCUUCUUCCAUCAAACCUAAAUGCACCGCUUUUGAGCCUCCUCUUGCUGUUCUUGCUACUACAUCUAUGUGAUGCAACAGAGAUAGCAGAGACCCGACAACUGGAAGGGCAACGGAACUACCGGGCGACAUAUCAAGCCCGUUAUCAGCACUUGCUGGACCGUGACCACUGCAGCGCCGGUCCCGACGGUGCCACUAUUGAAAUCUUUUGUCGCGGCGAGUUGUCUCCCAACAGUGUGUCCGAUGCUUCCAUUGCCUGCACACGCACCCAAGAUGCAGCGGGUUGGAAGGGACUGUCGUGUACUCAUCCUCCAUGCGACGGACAACAAGGCGCCUGCGACUCUUCUUUUGUGGGCAAUAAUGAAACUACCAAUUUUGGAGAAAUUGUGGUGACGUGCGUCGGUGAAACCGAAGCCGAUGUCGAUGUCUACAUGAUGUAUCUGGGAGGACCACCCGGAACUUGCGCUGCCACUACCACCACAACCGAUCCUCCCCAAAAUACUCACGUUGCCCAAUUGGGAGUCCAAUGUCCUUCCGAAUCUGCUGCCGCCGUUUUUCAAUUCGACGAUCACCAUUUCGAAUGCGACGCCAAUUCGGUACCCUCCAAACUCGACGAUCGAUACACCUGUUCUGCCGCUGUUCAAAAUAGGAAUUGUGGAGAUGAUUCCGACGAGUGUACUGUCGAAUACGCCAAUGUCACAAUCCACGCCGAUCGAGAACAGUUUCACGAAUGCAUUACUCCCAUUUGGUUAUCCAAGCCGGUAGGGCCAGAACCAGGUCCUGUGAUUGCCAUGAGUCCACCGGGUCACUAUACGGCCACCUUUCAAGCCCAAUGGCAACUCUCCUUGGAUACCGACUAUUGCAGUGGACAAUUCGCACCCAAACAAAUUCAUUGUCUGCACGGAACCACAUUGGAAAAUGUGACACCUCUUCACGGUACUGUCGACUGUCAAAUGCUCAAUGCCAGUUCCAUGGAAUGUCGCGAUACGGAACCCGACAAUUUCGUCAAUAACUACAGCGGCGUCAUUUACGAGUGUCAAGGAGACACGUUGCCUUUGACACAAGCGGUCUAUGGAGCGGCCCUUUCCUAUUGCAACACCACGAACGACAUGGGAGAACCCGCUAAACAAGUCGCGCAUUCCCUUCAAUUGGGCGUCCAGUGUCGAGACGACAACAAUGACACGGUCCUUUCCCAUGCCGAUGCCUAUUUCGAAUGUGGUCCCGACAAUGAGUACGAAUUUUCGUCCGACGGUGCUAUCUACACGUGUCAAUCCGUUAAUUCCUUUGCACCACAACCACAACAACCCGCGGACAAUACUCCACCCGUUCACAAGUCACUGCCACAAGUCGUCAUGGAAACGGGUGUGCAAUGGACCUUGGAACGGCCCACCAAUUGCUUUCAAUUUGUACCUGCAUUGCCGGAUGAUAUUGGUGCAAGUGGCAUUGGUGUGGUACAGGUGGAACAAGCCGUGCCUGGUUUGGGAAUUCCACUCGAUGGAAGCGCUGGGCUGGGUCCAUCGGUGGCGCCGGCGGCCAUGUCGGGUGGAACUCUUGGAAUUCCGAUUGGUGGUGGAUCCCCGACACCUGUGACUGCAGCUCCUUCGGCGACUAGUGGUGGGACGCUAGGGAUUCCGAUUGCAGGAUCGCCGACACCUGCGACCGCAGCUCCUUCUGCGACGGGUGGUGGAACUCUUGGUAUUCCGAUAGGUGGAGGAUCGCCGACGCCUGC